AUGAAGCGACCAGUCGACAUAACGGAGCUCCUUGAUUCGAAGAGUGCCAGUCGACCUUCUUUGAAUGUAGUAAAACCCACUUUUUUAAGCAAGAAAAGACGAACUGAGGCAGCUUCGUUGCUCGAAUCAUCACCGUCAUCGAAACAAGAGCCCGAGAGCCUCAAACAAUUGAAAUGGCGCAAAAAUGGAUCUGUAUCGACGUCCGAGACUGAGACUCUGAGGAAAACUCACUCUGACUUCAAGUCAAGGAGUUCUGAACGGAAUCAUCGCGGCAAAUUCCAGUUCGAUUGGAAACCGGAGGAAGACACCAUGAAUGGAGAUAUGCCCAUAGUGAACUCCAAAGCGACAGAACUGCGAAAAAGAGUGCCGAAGUCCACGGAGGAGGUGUAUAUGGGCAAACAUUGGGGCCAGAAGAGCCUCAAAGAUAUGACGGAGCGCGACUGGAGGAUAUUAAGAGAAGAUUUCCAUAUUGAAACUAAAGGUGGCACUAUCCAGCACCCACUGCGAAACUGGAGCGAAACUGGUUUGAUACCUGAAGAAAUCGUCGAGAUUAUUCAGCGAAAGCUAAACUAUUUAGACCCGUCGCCUAUUCAGAGGAUUACAAUUCCGAAUGCCGUGAAAGGUCGCGAUUUUUUGGGUGUAGCAGCAACAGGAUCAGGCAAAACGCUAGCGUUUUUAAUACCUUCACUUUGUCAACUCAAUGAGCUGCCGCCUAUGAAUGAUGUUACGAAACUUGAUGGGCCUCUAGUCUUGGUUUUGGCACCUACACGAGAGUUGGCGCAACAGAUCGAGGCAGAGGCCAACAAAGUUUUACGACACUGGACGCGGCCCACAGAAGUCGCAAGCAUAGUUGGUGGGCAUUCAGUAGAAGAGAUCGCUUUUGCGCUGAAAGACGGUUGCGACAUUUUGGUUGCCACCCCUGGCCGACUUAUUGAUUGUUUGGAAUCUCAUAUGCUGGUAUUGAAACAAGUGAGAACGCUAGUACUAGACGAAGCUGAUCGGAUGAUAGAUUUGGGGUUCGAAAGCCAGUUGACCACGAUCUUAUCAAGGGUCGAGACUGGAAGGAAGAGACAAACUAUGAUGUUCACGGCUACUAUGUCUUCUUCUGUGGAAAGAAUUGCUAAUGGAUAUCUCAAUAAGCCAGCUUAUGUGCGCGUUGGAUCCCAAGAUACCAACUCACAAGUCAAACAGGUUAUUGACUACAUUCCAAGCGAGGAACAAAGAUUUAUAAAACUCUCGCGAGCAAUUUUGCCAGCUUUCAGAGCACCUAUAAUGAUUUUCAUCAACUACAAGCGGACCGCUGACUGGCUAGCAACGAAAUUUGCGUCCGAAACGAAGUAUAGAGUCACAACACUGCAUGGAUCAAAAUCCCAGGAACAAAGAGAGUUCUCCUUGAAUUUAUUACGCACCGGAAAGGCUGAUAUCAUGAUAGCGACUGAUGUUGCCGGUAGAGGUAUCGACAUACCAAACGUGUCCUUAGUGGUCAACUUUCAGAUGUCUACAUCCUUUGAAAAUUAUGUUCAUCGUAUCGGAAGGACGGGCAGAGCAGGGAAAAGCGGCACAUCGGUCACCUUCUUAGGCGACCACGAAGACGAAAAGGUAAUAGACGAGCUUUGCAAGUACGUCAGAAGAACUGACCGGGAAAAGAUCAACGAAAUUAAAUUAUCUGUACGCCAAAAAUUUAAGCUGGAACAAAAUCAGUUGAAGCCCAUUUUGUUUUGA